AUGGUAUUAGGAGUUGUAGCUGACGAUUCUUUCUACGCAUCAUUACAUUCUCAAACAAAUUAUAGUCAAUGUAAAAAUUAUAACUAUCCUAAGGUUUUACAUAAUGUAUUCGAAAAUACACAUGAAUUGGAAACGGCUAAUGCUGAAGUCAAUAUGGAUAUAAGCCAAACUACUGAAACUGAAUUGCAUAAUCCGGAAUUAUUUGAAUCAUUUCUUGAAACAAUCAAGAAUGAUUAUAAAAAUGGUGGUCCACAACUUCAAUCUUCUCUUGAGAAAUUAGCCGAGCGAUAUAAUGCAGCGAAAGCCAAGUCCAUCCCAGUGCUAACUUCCUUUCUUCAUAAUAUGAAGCCUAAUAAUGAUCCACUUGCACGUGUAAAGAGUGGUGCAAGAAUUCGUGUCCAAGUUGAGUCGGUUAAGCGCAGAAAAAGUGGGCUAGGUGCAAAAAAUUCUAAAGAGAAUAUUGACCCGCAUAUUAUUCCAGCACGUAAGCCAAAAUCAAAUGAAUUGAUAAAUGUAACUAGCAUUACAACUCAAAGUAGUUUCUGUAAUCGCUGA